AUGCCCCCUUUUCCCAUGCCUCCACACGACAUCUGGAGCCAGGACGCGUUCCAGCACCCGUCCUACAACCCGACUCCGAUCCCCCGUCGGCCCCACCCCCAACCCCAGGCCGGCGGCGCCGGCAGCAGCCCCCGCGCCACCCGGGCCUCCGAGCCAGCCCCCAGUGACCCCGUCUCCAAGGAGUUCUUCAAGCACUCGAGCGGCAAGCGCGUCAAUACGGACGCCCUCAUCUCCAAGGCCCUCAAGGAGCAGUACCCGUACCUUGAGCUCGUCGUCGUGCCCGAGUCCCUCGGGUACGGCAACGGCUGCAACCUGCUCGCCUACGCCCAAGGCGGCCACGCCACCUUUGAGGUCAUUGAGGACAAGGGCGAUAACCUGCCCUCGUCGCUCGAGUGGCUGCUGUACCUGCCACCCUCCCGGCGUAUGGACGGCAACCUGGGCGGUCUGGCUACCAUCACCAACUAUGGCAAGUACCUGUACAAAUGGCAGGGCCAUGAGUUCAUCGUCUACCUCAUUGACGGGCGCGACGGCGUCAUGCCGUACCCGAUCAAGAACUACUACAUCCUCGCGCCCCAGACGUACCAUGUCGACCAGCUCGUCCUGUCUGCAGGUAAAUGGAGCAGCGAUCUCCACGAAGAGGUUUGGGUCUUUGACCAAGGGUACUGGCAAAAGAGCCAUGAGCUGUUCAAGAGCUUCCGCGAUGCUUCGUGGGAGAACGUCAUCCUGGACGCGGAUAUGAAGAAGGCCCUCAUUGAGGACCACCUCUCGUUUUACAACUCCCAGGAGACCUACCAGAACCUCAAGGUGCCGUGGAAGCGCGGUCUCAUCUAUUACGGACCGCCGGGGAACGGCAAGACCAUCUCCAUCAAGGCCACGAUGAACAUGCUCUUCCAGAGGGACAUCCCCACGCUCUACGUGCGCACGCUGGCUUCCUUCAUGGGCCCCGAGUACUCCAUCCAGCAGAUCUUUAGCAAGGCGAGGGAGUACGCGCCCUGCUACCUUGUCCUGGAGGACCUCGACACCAUUGUCUCGGAUGACGUGAGGAGCUAUUUCCUGAAUGAGAUGGAUGGUCUCAAAGCCAAUGACGGAAUCUUCAUCAUUGGCAGCACCAAUCAUCUCGACCGCCUCGACCCAGGCAUUUCUAAACGCCCAUCCCGCUUCGACAGGAAGUACUUCUUCCCGGACCCCGACCUCGAGCAGCGCAUCGCCUACUGCCACUUUUGGCAGAACAAGCUCAAGAACAACAAGGAAAUUGACUUCCCCGACGAGCUAUGCGAGGCCAUUGCCAAGAUUACGGACAAGUUCAGCUUUGCGUACAUCCAAGAGGCCUUUGUGGCAGCCCUGCUCGCCAUUGCACGACGCUCAGAUCACCGCAGCAGCAGUACUAGCAGUAAGCGGGGCAGCGUCGAGGCUCUGACGGAGCAGUUCGAGGACGACUGGCUUGGGGUGGUGGUAGAUAAUGCCUCGGACGGAGAGGACUUGAAGAAGCUGACGCUUUGGGUGGAGAUUAAGAAGCAGAUUGAGAUUCUGAGGGACGGGAUGGAAGAGAAGAAUUAG